AUCCACAGCAUCGACAAACGCAAGGCGAAGAUUAGCACAUGGCUUCUGUCGCUGUGGCGACGAGGACACCAGGAUUGAUGGACAUGGAUGUGGACAGUGGGGCUGGGAAGCAGGAGGAAGAACAGCAGGAAGAAGAUUUGUACACUCGGCUGAAGCAAUUGCAGCGGCAGUUGGAGUUCGUAGACAUCCAAGAGGAGUAUAUCAAGGAUGAGAUGAAGAAUCUGAAGCGAGAGCUGAUACGGGCCAAGGAGGAGGUGAAGCGGAUUCAGUCUGUGCCCCUGGUAAUCGGUCAGUUCAAUGAGAUGAUCGAUGCUCAUUACGGCAUCGUUGGCUCUACAGCGGGCUCCACGUACUACGUCCGCAUCCUCUCCACGCUCGACCGGGAGAAGCUCAAGCCCAACGUCUCGGUGGCCCUACACCGGCAUUCUCACUCCGUGGUGGACAUCCUCCCUCCUGAGAGCGACAGCACCAUUCAACUCAUGCAAGAGAAGCCGGAUGUUUCCUACAAUGACAUAGGCGGCAUGGAUAUUCAAAAACAGGAAGUCAAGGAGGCCGUGGAGCUCCCCCUGACACACUUUGAGCUGUACAAGCAGAUCGGGAUCGAUCCUCCCCGCGGUGUUCUCAUGUACGGCCCCCCAGGUACGGGGAAAACGAUGAUGGCCAAGGCAGUGGCGCAGGCGACGACGGCCUCCUUCAUCUCGGUGGUGGGCUCCGAGUUCGUGCAAAAGUACCUAGGUGAAGGCCCUCGCAUGGUCCGGGACGUGUUUCGACUGGCGCGUGAGAACUCUCCCUCCAUCGUCUUCAUCGACGAGAUCGACGCCAUCGCCACCAAGCGCUUUGAUGCCCAGACCGGCGCGGAUCGCGAAGUCCAGCGUAUCUUGCUGGAGCUCUUAAACCAAAUGGACGGCUUCGACCAGAGCACGAAUGUCAAGGUCAUCAUGGCCACCAACCGCGCGGACACCCUCGACCCCGCCCUCCUUCGCCCCGGUCGUCUGGACCGAAAGAUUGAGUUUCCCAACCCCGACAGGCGUCAGAAGCGGAUGGUUUUCCAGGCGUGCACGGCGAAGAUGAAUUUGGGCGACGACGUGGAUCUGGAGGACUAUGUAAAUCGACCGGAAAAGAUCAGUGCGGCGGACGUGGCGGCGAUUGCACAGGAGGCCGGUCUUCAGGCCGUGAGGAAGAACCGGUACGUGAUUUUGGCGCGGGACUUCGACGAAGCCUACAAGAAGCACGUGACCAAGGCCGACAAGGAGCACUGGUUCUAUUCUAUGUAAAGAGGAGGGAAAAGGGAUGGGUGGGACAUAGGGAGGAGCGGCGAGGGAGGGUUUAAGUUCCACAUCAAAAGAAGAAAGAUGAUCAAGCGGCUUUUGAAAA